AGAACUUGAGCAGGCUGUCAUCAUUACAGACACAGGCUACAAACGCGGAGGAGUUUGGGCUGAACUGGCUUUUUAUUGUCCUCUUUUACAUCGACAGGAUUUGUUUUGUUUCACAGUGACCUUGUAAUCAUAAAUGCAACGUUAUUACGGAUUGUUCGCUUGACGUCUUUCGAAGUUUUUUAACUUUUCUUGAAUUGGAGUGAGGCCUCGGUGCCAUGCCAGAGAAAUCCCAUAGCACGGCCCAUGACGUCCCAAUGGGUGAAGAAUCACCUCGGUUGUCCAGCGCCUCUGUUGGCAGUAAUGACCGGGCCUCCACUGCCACGCUGUCUGAUUGUUCUGACUUCACAGAAGUCCAGAGGCCCAUAAGCGUGGUCUCCAACAUCUCAUCCGGGUCUGGUUCCUCUCGGGAAGACGUUCUCUUGUCAGGUAUCCCAUCUGCUGGUGUGCCUAUUGAGGACAACGUGGAUCAGGAAUUAACAGCUGCUGCUGAUCCGGAUGAGACUCAGGGCACUAGUCUUACCCAAGCAACCACCGUUCUCCUGCAACAAAAUAGCAGCAACACUGUUAGCGGCAACAACAACAGCUCCUCCAUUUCCAAAAGUUUCUCUCCAUUUGCUGCCAACACCAUGGCACCCAACCCUGAGCUCACCUACCUGGACCGUGUGGUCAUGGAGAUCAUUGAGACGGAGCGGAUGUACGUGAGAGAUCUGCGGAGCAUCGUAGAGGACUACCUUGCUCACAUUAUAGAUACAAGAGAUCUUCCCAUCAAGCCAGAACAGGUGUGUGCUCUGUUUGGAAACAUAGAGGACAUUUAUGAGUUUAACAGUGAGCUCCUUCAAUCACUGGACAUGUGUGACAAUGAUCCUGUGGCCAUUGCCAGAUGCUUUGUGAUCAAGCAUGAAUAUUUUGACAUCUACACACAAUAUUGCACCAACUACCCAAACUCUGUGGCUGCUCUAACAGAAUGCAUGAGAAACAAAACUCUUGCCAUGUUCUUCAGGGAGAGGCAAGCUACUUUAAAGCGAACCCUGCCUCUGGGAUCUUACCUUCUCAAGCCUGUUCAGAGGAUCCUCAAAUAUCAUCUUUUGCUACAGGAGAUUGCCAAGCACUUUGAUCCACAGGAGGAGGGUUAUGAGGUGGUGGAGGAGGCCAUAUACACUAUGACUGGUGUUGCGUGGUAUAUAAAUGACAUGAAGAGAAAACAUGAACAUGCAGUCCGUCUACAGGAGGUCCAGUCUCUGCUCAUAAACUGGAAGGGACCUGAUCUGACUACAUAUGGAGAAUUGGUUCUCGAGGGCACCUUUCGUGUCCAACGUGCAAAGAAUGAACGUACUCUCUUUCUCUUUGACCGCAUACUUCUUAUCACCAAACGCAGAGGAGAACAUUACGUCUAUAAGACACACAUCUCGUGCUCAACACUCAUGUUAAUUGAGAGUGCCAAGGAUUCCCUGUGCUUCAGUGUCACUCAUUACAAGCAUCCCAAACAACCUCAUUCUGUCCAGGCUAAGACAGUGGAGGAAAAAAAAUUAUGGGCUCAUCAUAUUAAACGGCUUAUUCUAGAGAACCAUCAGGCUGUAAUACCACAAAAGGCAAAGGAAGCAAUCUUGGAGAUGGAUUCUAUUUACAGAAAAUAUAAGUACAGUCCUGAGAGGCUCAAAAAGUCUGCAUCUUGUCAGUCAGAGGAGUUUUCUAACUCUAGACAAGGCCGGAGACAGUCAGAACCAUCUAAAGAGAUCCUAAAGAACACUGAAGUAAUACUAAAGGAGGAAGGGGGGUGUGAGGACAUUGGGAACAGUUUUAAAGGAGAAAAUAGCCCAUCAGUUGAACAGGUGGAGGCAUAUCUCAAGGAUGGAAAAUAUAUCUCAGAACAGGACAAAUCACAACACCUGGAAAUAGCCUCUUGCUGGGGUUCCACUGAGAAAUUGAAGCCAGAUGAGUUUUGUGAUCCAGAGUCCAAAGAGAUUGACAAGCAGGUCCCAGAUAUUCAGGAUCUGGAGUCAGCAAGAGUCAAAGAUGAUCAGAAAGGUCCUAAAGAAGAGGCCUCAUCUCUGUUACAGCAGGAAGACACUCCUGGUGAGUCUUCAGAGGAAGAGGAGGAUGUAGAAGAGAAACCAGACUCCAAUAGCAUCCUACCCUCAUCUGUGCUUGAUAAGGCCAGUGCCAUUGCUGAACACUUUGUGUGUAGUGCACGGCGUAGUAGCGUCAGCACAGAGGAAAUGCGUUCCCUCGGUUGCGUAUCUCCACAUCUUCCCAUCAGGACCGGGAGCACUCUAAGUCUAGGAGAUGCCCAUGGUAGCCAACAGGCUAGCACCUGCUCCGAAUCACAUGGAGUUCCACUGACCCAGGAAACCCUUGCAUCAGUAGACUUCAUGAUCGGAUCAUCAGGGGAGGAAAGUCUCUUUGACCCGGAUCGAAGCAUCUACAAAAGAAGGGAUUCCGUGCUUUCCAAGCAAGAACAACUACUCAUUGACAAGAUUAGAAGCUACUAUGAGAAUGCAGAACACCAGGAUGCUACAUUUAGCCUAAAGCGUAGAGAGAGCCUCACUUACAUUCCAAGUGGGCUUGUUAGAAAUUCAGUUAGUCGUUUAAACAGCAUUCCUAAAGAUAAAGGCCUUGCUCUAGAGAAGACCACCAGUACAUCUGGACCUGUUACAGAUCAUAACUCACUCACAGAAUCUCUUUUGGUUACAUCGGCUCUUUCAAAGACCAAUACAAAUCCAGCUACCCUGGAACAACCUGUUAUCGCCGCUUCCACAGAUUUCUCUAGGCAUGACGGAAACAUAGACAUGUUUGACUCUAAUGUAGAUGGUUCCAUUAAACCUCAGUCGAUAGAUGGGAGUCAUGAGGAAGAGGUUUUCCGUCCCUCCUCUGAAAUGAUUAAAGUCUGGCAAGAUAUGGAAAAAGAGGUCACUAGAUGUCAAGGGGACCUCAAAGCACUGAGGCCCAGAGAAAUUCCUUAUUUUAAAGGGAACAGUCCUAGCAUUUCCAGGAAGGAUCCAAACCAGAGAAGAAAGACAGAAUCCAAAGGCAGAGAUGGACUGACUAUGUUUGAAGAUUCAGAUCUGAGCACUAUCAGAGAGGAGUCCUCUACACCAUUAGCUUUUAAGGAUAAGGAAAACCAUGAAGCCAAUGAAUAUGAUGACAUCAGACCCAGACAAUGGGAUGUUGAAGAUAGACCCCUUAGAGCUCUCGCUCCCCGAGUUAUCCAGUUGAGAGCAGAAACUGAAGAUGAUAAAGACACAGGAGCUCAGUCAGCAGAAGACGCAGAUUUGUCCCAAAACAAAGUUUUCCAACUUGCAAGGAAAUUCAGUCAACGUGUCAAGUGCACACAGCCAAUGUUGAGACAGAGGAGUCAGGAGUCAGGAGAUACAUGGUUGGCCAAGAGGAACCUGCUUUCGGUGGUUGAAGAAAAGCCAGAGAAAGAGGCCAAAGUUAAAGCAGACUCGAUGCUCUUUUUGGCUCCAUAUGAUCAGCCUGAUUACGAUGGAGAUGAGAAGACCCAGGUUAUGACUCCCAGCCCAGACCACACUUCUAAUUCUGUCAGAAGCCCAAAGGUCUUGUCUCCACACCUGUCCCAUUCCAGGAGUCCUCUUAGUCCACCACCUGAGAGCUUCAAUUGGCCGGAUGUCCGUGAACUUUGCUCAAAAUAUGCACACCUCGGAAGCUCGUCUGCUCUGCCACCAGUAGGCCGAAGUCAUUCUGUGGAAGAAAGACUGUUUGACAGCAGUUCAAGAAGACGUUCUAGCUGCUCUUCUAGCCGCUUGGUCACCUCUAACUGCUCCACAGACUCCUCAGUUUACAAGUUUUAUCCAGGAGCUGGAGAACCAGGAGAAUUGCUGACUCGGACCCAGCGUGCAGGUUCUCUGGACCAAAAAUUGGGUAGUUUGUACUUGAGUGGUCUUCAGAGUAAAAAUGCCAGCAGUGGCUUCUAUGUCUCCGCUCAAGCUACUCUUCCAAAUCAGAAGAAAAUAAUUGUGGUUGAGAAAGUACCUGAGGUUACACCACCAGUAGAGAUGGACCAGUCAACACAAGAGUGCAAGAAACAGGAAAUCACAACAGAUGUAACGGAUGACAGCUAUGUCCAAAUUCGUUCACCAACAUCUCGAGAGAAGAUCUCAAUCAAGGCUGUCAUUGACCGCUGUCGGGCAUAUCAAGAGUCGGAGGAAUACCGUUUGAGGGAAGAUGGAGGAUCUAAGGCAGAACCCUUACCUAAGAUUGAAAGGUGCAAAAAAACUGAGGACGCUUCAUCCUAUAGCGAACAAUUAGACAAUGCUGUUAAAAAUGCACUUGAUUCUGAGAAAAAGGCUGAAUCUAGUCAACACGGUGUUGUCAAGAAUCUCAGAGAAAAAUUCCAAAAUAUAAGAUAAAAAUCUUUUUUUGUUUUAUGAAUGAAAUACUUGCUUCUUUAAUUUCUCUGAUGUUUUAUGUCUUCACCACUGAAGACAAAUGUGUACAGUAUGGUCAGCAUAUAUCAUGCUGUAGCCAAAUCACCUGGCAAAUUUAAGCCUCAGAACUAAUAUUCUUUACAUUUUCUGCUAUUCUGUGGUAUUAUGAACACUGUAUGAUCAUGUGGCCUGCUAAUGUUGAGAAACCUGUGGAUUUUAAUGGUCUAAAUGUCAGGGAGAAAGUGUAAAUAUUGUUGUACAGUUUGUGUUGUACAUUCACUCUUUCUGUUAUAACAUUUACAUAUUUGACAUAGCAGAUAUACAUGUAUGUAUUUGGUAGUCAUUUUACAUAAAUUACUUUCUUGUUUAUAAAUAUUUACAUUUUGGGUAAGGUAUUAUUUCAAUUACGGUAAUGUCAUAUUUGAGCUAAGGAUUUCUUUAGCAAGAGAUAAAGUCUAGUCUAUACUACAAAACAAGCCCUAGCAGAGUAGCAUAAUUCAUCUAGAUUCUUAAUGUAACAGACCAUUUGAAAACAAGGUUUUAUUUGUUUUAUUUUACUUUUAACUGAAAGACUUUUUAAAGUUUUCUUUAGUAAAUGUCGUGCACGGAACAGAAGUUGUUCCCCCCUUUUUAUCUAAACCUAGUCUUUGACUAAUGGAUUUAGGCAUAGACCCGUUUUGUCCAGGAGACUAGAUCUGAAUGUUGUUUUUUCUUUUUCUUUGUUCUUCUUUUUUUUUUAAAGCUUGCACCAAUGAUGUUACUUAAGCUUAUUUUAAGAUUUGUUGUCAUCUUCACAACAAAUCAGAUUUUUAACAUCAGGUUUUGAGGAAUGUCACAAUUACAAGACAAAUAUUAACCCUACAUGUUUUAGCAUCUGAAGCACUGUUGGUUUAGCAGUCUGUAAUAACAGAUCAAUGUGUGGUCACUGUGUGUGUCUGUUAUUUAUUAAGAUUCUAUAAAUCUCCAUAUCUGUCUGACUUAUUACAGAUGCAUCAUUAAAUACUUGUAAAAGUGAAAAUUCUCUCCAUAAUAAAACCAAAGAAAAUUCAA